AUGAUGAUUCUGAUGAUUCCUUCUGGAUAUGCGCUUCAACCAAUCGGUAUCAAUCUGAUUCCAAAUGCAUUGGAUAUUGUUAAUGCGGUCAUUGAUCCGGGCGAGUGGCUUCAGAUGAUCAAUGAAGGCAAUCACAGCGAUUCAUGUUUGCGUCUUUGGCUCAUGACAAUAAUCUCUAUUGUAUACGAGAGAUCAACAGCAAGAAUGCCAAGGACUCCUCCAUUGUUUUCCCGACGCUAUCUGAGGCGUUUGGAUGAAACGCGUGUCAUUGAGAAGAGUUGUAUUUGCUUGUGGACAGCGUUCAAAGGCAAUUGUUUAGAGAUGGAUUCUCAAGGAAUCGCCGAACAUAUUCACAAUUGCCUUUUCUGGAAUUUGAACACUACUUGCAGCGCACUGGAAGAACGAAUUGUGGAAGAAUUGAUUUCUGACAAUCAGUUAAUACGCAAAAGCGCCCUCAAGAAGCUGACACCAUAUAGAACGUUCUUCAGAAGUUUUGUGUCAACUUUUAAUGCAAUCGUUCAACAACACAGUCCCAUUCCACAACGAAUACCUGCUGUUACUUUUCUAUUAAUAGAUAUUUGA